GCUUUGUUCCUGCUGUCUCAGUUUGAGCAGAAGGCAGGGUGUGAGAAGGGGCAAGAACUGUGCAGCUGGCUUAAUAAAAAUUGAAUGUGUUUCAUAUCUAAGCUCUGUUCUAAUUUUUCUGUUUCUUCUUUUAGUGUCAGAACUCAGUGUUUUUAUUUUAAGUAAUUUGGCAACUUCAUCAUUGACUGGCAGAUCAAGACAAACAGCAACCCAUGGAGAAGGAAAAGUUAAGCUCUACACAAACUGAACAAGAAAAACCUUCAGCCUAUCAUGGUUUACGUUCAUCUCCUCCUCCACCAUCAAGCCUGGAUGCAGAUGAGCUGCAAACUGAUGAGGGGGGCAGACCUUUGGGGCCCACUCCAAGCCAAAGCCGUUUCCAGGUGGAUUUAGUUACUGAGGGAUCUCGGGCAGCUGCAGCACUGGGUCAGGAAUCCAUGGACACGCAGCAGCCUGGAGAUGGUGUCACACACAGGGGAAGAGGGGGCUCAGGUAGUGAGGAAGCCAAAGGACGCUUCAGAGUAAACUUUGUGGACCCUGCAGAGCCUGAGGGCAGCUCACCAGAAAUGACAGGGGGAGAUGGAGCAGGCAGUGGUGGGGUGAGCUUUCAGAAUGGGGAUACUGUACUAAGUGAAGGUAGUCUGCAUUCUGGUGGGGCUGGGCAUCACUACCAUUAUGAUACUCAUACUAACACAUAUUACCUGAGAACCUUUGGACAUAACACUAUUGAUGCCGUACCUAGGAUAGACUUUUACCGCCAUACUGCAGCGGACCUGGGUGAGAAGUUGCUGCGACCUAGCUUGGCUGAGCUUCACGAUGAACUAGACAAGGAACCGUUUGAAGAUGGUUUUGCAAAUGGAGAGGACGGUACACCCACUGGAGAUACGGCUACUAAUCAUGUUGCUGAUGGAAAAGGUGUAGUGAAGUUUGGCUGGAUUAAAGGAGUAUUGGUACGAUGUAUGUUAAAUAUUUGGGGUGUAAUGCUCUUUAUCAGGUUAUCCUGGAUUGUUGGCCAAGCUGGCAUAGGUCUAACUAUUGUAGUGGUUGCAAUGGCCACAGUGGUGACGACCAUCACAGGGUUAUCUACAUCAGCCAUCGCCACUAAUGGGUUUGUGAGAGGAGGUGGUGCGUACUAUUUAAUAUCGCGAAGUUUGGGUCCAGAAUUUGGAGGUGCUAUUGGGCUUAUUUUUGCAUUUGCCAAUGCAGUAGCUGUUGCCAUGUAUGUAGUAGGCUUUUCUGAGACGGUUGUGGAGCUACUUAGGGAUAAUCAAGCUUUAAUGGUCGACGAAAUGAAUGAUAUCAGAAUUAUAGGUGCUAUCACGGUUGUCCUAUUGCUUGGAAUCUCUGUUGCGGGAAUGGAAUGGGAAGCAAAGGCCCAGAUUGUCUUGCUGGUGAUUUUGCUUUUCGCUAUUGGAGAUUUUUUCAUAGGAUCAGUAAUUCCCAUGGAAAGCAAGAAGCCAAAAGGAUUCUUUAGUUAUAAAGCUGAGAUUUUCACUGAAAACUUUGGCCCAGAUUUCCGAGAUGAUGAAACCUUUUUUUCAGUGUUUGCCAUUUUCUUUCCUGCUGCGACGGGUAUCUUAGCAGGAGCAAAUAUCUCAGGUGAUCUUGCGGAUCCUCAACAAGCCAUACCUAAAGGAACAUUGUUGGCCAUUCUUAUAACAACAAUAGUCUACAUGGGAGUUGCAGUAUCUGUGGGUUCAUGUGUUGUCCGUGAUGCUUCUGGGAGCAGCAAUGACACCCUUUCUGCUGUAAUGACAAACUGCACUGAAGCAGCGUGUAAACUAGAUUACGACUUUUCAUCUUGUAAAUAUGAUUGUAAAUAUGGACUUAUGAACAAUUUCCAGGUAAUGAGCAUGGUGUCUGGUUUUGCUCCCCUGAUUACGGCUGGAAUCUUCUCCGCUACGCUUUCCUCUGCCCUUGCAUCAUUAGUGAGUGCACCAAAGAUCUUCCAGGCCUUGUGCAAGGACAACAUUUAUCCCGGUCUUGGGCUGUUUGCUAAAGGAUAUGGGAAAAACAAUGAACCACUUCGUGGCUAUUUGCUUACAUUUGGGAUUGCUUUGGGAUUCAUUCUAAUCGCUGAACUAAAUGUGAUUGCUCCCAUCAUCUCCAACUUUUUCCUGGCUUCCUAUGCAUUAAUAAACUUCUCUGUGUUCCAUGCAUCUCUUGCCAAGUCUCCUGGUUGGCGUCCAUCCUUCAAAUACUACAAUAUGUGGGUUUCGCUUCUGGGUGCCCUUCUUUGCUGUGGAGUCAUGUUUGUGAUUAACUGGUGGGCGGCACUUUUAACCUAUGUUAUAGUUAUCGGAUUGUAUAUAUAUGUUACCUACAAGAAGCCUGAUGUGAACUGGGGAUCUUCGACACAGGCCUUGACGUAUCUGAACGCUUUGCAGCACACUAUCCGCCUUGCUGGUGUAGAAGACCAUGUCAAGAAUUUCAGGCCACAGUGCCUUGUUUUAAUAGGUGCACCAAAUUCCCGACCAGCUCUCCUACACCUUGUCCAUGCCUUUACCAAAAAUGUGGGUUUGAUGAUCUGCGGACAUGUGCACAUGGGUCCUCGCAGACAAGCUAUGAAAGAAUUGGUUACUGAUCAAGCUAGAUACCAGCGUUGGCUUAUUAAAAACAAAACAAAAGCUUUCUAUUCACCAGUACAUGCAGAGGACUUGCGAGAUGGAGCACAGUAUCUAAUGCAGGCUGCUGGUUUAGGAAGGAUGAGACCAAAUACCCUUGUUGUUGGCUUUAAAAGCAAUUGGCUUCAAUCUGACAUGAAGGAAGUUGAAAAUUACAUUAAUAUUCUUCAUGAUGCUUUUGAUUACCAAUAUGGAGUGGUUGUUAUCCGACUGAGAGAAGGACUAGAUAUUUCACAUCUUCAGGGACAAGAGGAGUUGUUGUCAUCUCAAGAAAAAUCGCCCGCAACCAAAGACAUCAUUGUAAAUGUAGAUUACAGCAAAAAGGGUGAAGCAGAAUCUUCUAAAUCUUACUCCAGUGACAAGAUGAGGAAAGAUGAGGAAGACGAUGGCAAGACACCAACACAGCCACUAUUGAAAAAAGGCCAAUGUAUUUCUCUAAGCACAGCUGACCAAAGACUAUUGGAUGCUAGUGUGCAAUUCCAUAAGAAGCAAGGCAAAAGUACUAUUGAUGUCUGGUGGCUUUUUGAUGAUGGAGGUUUAACAUUGCUUAUCCCAUAUCUAUUGACUACGAAGAAGAAGUGGAAAGACUGCAAAAUCAGAGUUUUUAUUGGUGGAAAAAUAAACAGAAUUGAUCACGACAGACGAGCGAUGGCAACGUUGCUUAGCAAGUUCAGGAUUGACUUCUCUGACAUUAUGGUACUUGGUGAUAUCAACACAAAACCAAAGAAAGAGAAUGUUGCAGCCUUUGAUGAAAUGAUUGAGCCCUUCAGACUUCGUGAGGAUGAAAAGGAACAAGAUGUUGCAGACAAAAUGAAAGAGGAAGAACCUUGGAGAAUCACAGAUAAUGAGCUAGAACUUUAUAAAACAAAGACACACCGCCAGAUCCGAUUGAACGAGUUGUUGAAAGAACACUCGAGCACAGCCAAUGUCAUUGUCAUGAGCCUCCCAGUUGCAAGAAAAGGUGCAGUGUCAAGUGCACUAUAUAUGGCUUGGAUAGAUGUACUAUCUAAAGACCUGCCACCUGUCCUCCUUGUCCGUGGUAAUCAUCAAAGCGUCCUUACAUUCUACUCUUAAGCUCUCCCUUUUGCACAGCUCCGAGGAAAUGGUACUUCAUUGGCUAAAGUGCCAGUCUGGCCAUUUUGUCUGCAUCCCAGAGUGGCAGAUCUUGUCUUUCUCUUCAUUAUUCUACUGACUCGAAAGCACACGAAUGAACGUUACUGAGCAGUUAAACUGCUUUUGUUACAGAACAGUUGGCUUCAUUAGGGAGAAUCCGACAUAUGGGACUCUGAUACAUUGAAAUUCAUUUAUCUGCUACUUGAACAGCAGCAAUAAGAGUGUCUGGGAUUUUUUUUUAUUAUUAUUAUUAUUUUUUAUUAUUAUUUUGACCAGUGGAAGGAUUCUAAAUUUGUAAAAGCCUUUAGCCUUGAGGUGCCUUUUUGAAAUUAACCAAAUUUCAUCCAUACCCCUUUUUUUAUAAACUUGUAUAGAAUGUACAAUCUGCCUUCAACUAGAACUUAAGAUAAAACCUUUAGUUUCCAGUCUCUUCCAUCUUGAUAAACACUUAUGCUGCUUUUCCGUCUUCCAUCAAGCUAUUCUCACUGUCAUAGAUGUUUUAUUUUUUUUAUUUUUAACUGUCUUAGAUAAUGCACAGGGUUAAAAAUAAGUCAGUUAUUUCAAUAAAAGUAAAAUAACAAAGAUG